AUGGAAAAUUCUUUGUACGUGUCGAUGCUGCUGAUGUUGAUAAUGAUAAAAAAUAAUUUUAUUGACCUCAAUAACAUUAACGAUGGGCGGAACAUUUCUAGAUUAUGUCACAAAGGAUUUGAUGUUAUGAAUAGAAAAGUUGGACUGUUUCCAACGUGUCAACUGUUAAUUAAUCAAAAAUAUUACGGCUUCUGUGAAUUAAUUAGAUGGACGUCAUGA